CCUAGAGUAGCCAUGAGUAUUCCUAUUGGCCAGUCCAAAAUUUCAAGAACUAGCGAAGUUUUUAUCAAGAAUUAUCAUUGUUGUUUUGUCUGGGUAGAGAGUAAAAUGCUUUGGAAGCUCAACUAACUCACAAAGAAAGCAAACGAACAAUCGUGGAAGAAGGGUCGAGAGAUCCUCUCAACUGGGGUUUCAGCAAAACUUCAAUGGCCGCUCACACGCUGUCAUACUUUUCGAUCCCACCUUCACAAUGCUGCAAAAGACCAACUCCCGAGAACUCUCUAACUCCCAACCUGAGAGCUCUAUCUUACUCUUUUCUAGGGCGGGGACUCUCAUUUCGUGUUUCCAAUUUGAGCUCCCCCACUUCAAAACGACGUAGUUGUACUUCUGCGACACUCACGCCCACCCUCCCAUCUUCAAAUGAAGAAACUGCAGAAAAAGCUCCUUCAAAACGGCCCAAUGUGCUGUGUAGGUGGUCAGCAAGGGCGAUAAAGUCUUUUGCAAUGGGUGAACUUGAAGCUAGAAAGCUCAGGUAUCUCAACACAGGCACUGAAUCUUUGCUCAUGGGUAUCUUGGUUGAAGGAACCAGUUUGGCUGCUAAGCAUUUGAGGGAAAAUGGUAUUACAUUAUUUAAGGUGCGAGACGAAACUAUAAACCUACUUGGCAAAUCUGGUGUGUUCAUUUCAAGUCCCGAACAUCCUCCUUUAACCAAACCUGCCAAGGAGGCUCUUGAUUGGGCUGUCGAUGCAAAGCUGAAAUCAGGUGAGGAUGGUGAAUUGACAACAGCUUAUCUGCUUCUUGGCAUUUGGUCACAAAAGGAAUCAGCAGGGCAAAUAAUAAUGGCUACACUUGGUUUUGAUGAUGAGAAGGCCAAUGAGCUAUCGAAAUUUAUGGACAAGGAUAUUAUAAUGAACUAUAGAUAGAUAGUUUCUGCUUGAGGCUGUUAAGCAAUUGUCAGUUAUCUUGAUGAAACUCAUGGAGACGGCUAGCCACGAGUCUCGAGAUCUGCUUCAUGCUGUUCUCAUUUGUUUCUCAUACAAUCAGUCUUUUCCUCUUUUGGUAAGGGAAUCAACCAGAGUAGAUCGAAAGCCUGAUUUUGGCUUCAAAGGUUAUGUAGAGUGCAGUACUUGAAUUCUUAUCUCGUGGCAAUUUUUUAUGUGUUCAACUUUUGCAACCAUACACAUUGAAAGUACAUAGGUAUUGCAAAAAAAGUACAUCGUAUUCUAAAUUUCUAAUUGCGAAUUUUUCAGAAUUAACGUCACUUUUAAUAUUGGGAUUAUUAGGUC